GAGCCCGGUUUUCGUGGUGGGUUGGAUGGCCCGAGUCCUGGUCGAGGCUUGCCAAUCCCGCAAACUCCCCACUGCGUUUCAGGCCGAGGAAAUCUCUCUCCCAGUAGGGUUUAGGCUUCUGUUACGUCCUAACCGAGAAAUCGAGAAAUCGAAGUACGAGCAUUCCGCCUUCUCGACGUCCAAAACUUUCUAAGCUCCCUCCUUAAAUCGUAAUUAGAUUUUUCUUCCCACUUCUUGAUUUGAUCUUAAACUCCUCUCGCAGAGCAGAGAUGCUGUGAUAUCGAACACUCGAAGCUUUCCAACUUUUCAAGAAGAGCCGCCAAUUUUUCCCUUAUCAUAAAUAAGCAAACAGAAAUCAUCCCAAUUUCUUUUUCCAGGAAAGAGGGAGAAAGCAGGGAGUUUUUGAAGGUGGUUGUCGGCGAUGGAAUUCUGCCCGACGUGCGCGAUGUUGCUGCAGAUCGAGCCGGCAAACAGCGGGCGGAAGCUGCGGCUCUUCUGCCCCACCUGCCCUUACGUCUGCCCCAUCGAGAACAAGAUUGUUAAGAAAGAGCAUCUGGUGAAGAAAGAAUUGGAGCCCAUUUUUAGUGGAUCGGAUGCCAUGAAGUUCGCUCCCAAAACCGGAACAACCUGUCCAAGAUGUCAUCAUGGAGAAGCAUACUUCAGGCAGAUGCAAAUCCGAUCUGCUGAUGAGCCCAUGACAACAUUUUACAUGUGCUGCAAUGAGGGAUGUCAAUUUGAAUGGAGAGAUGACUGAUCUUUUGACACCUGCAUCUGCUCUUGCAUUCUUUGCAUGCUAAAGAAUUCCCUGCAAAUCGUGAUAUUUGAUUUUAGUGUUUCGGCAUGCAAGACCAUUACUUGACAAGGAAAAAAUGAUUCCAACAUUUUAAAUGUCUUUCGUCCUUAAUUUGCAUAUGCUACUAAUUUGCAGAUGUCUUCCUUCCAUAUUUGAGAUGUCGUUUUGUUUCGUCUUGUUCCCUUUAUUGAUUAUACCUGCAUCAUCUGAUCUUGACUGGAAGGAGAGAUAAUGUCCCAUUUCCAAGCUUGUUAAUGACCAUCGCAGCAGCGAAGUGUUUGAUGAGCUUAGAUGAGCUGCUUCCAACUGAAAGGCUCCUGCAUAACAAAGGGGGAAAUGAUGUGCUAUCCCUGGUGCUUCCAAAUGGAAAGUUUUGGUCAUGCUGCUGCUUUUCCCAUUGGAUAAUGAUCCUCAGCCCCGUGUACAGCGUUUGCAAUCAUUUGUUAAUAUUCUCACUCCUACACAUCUGGUGGAUGAGGAUCCAAGGGGAAAUGAGAUGAUUGUAGCAAAAAUUACUAUCCACCUGAGGAAACCAACUCUUGAGAAAUGACCAAAGUAUCUUUCAAGUCGCAGAAGAAGGAUCUCCAUGGAUCAUUCCAUCACCCUCUACAUUAGUAUGGGUACUAAAUGGAGGUACUAAAUGUUUUAUUGUUACCAAAAGAUAGGGCAAAUGUUUCAUGACUAUUUUUUUUAAAACAUGAGAACGAUGCAACCUGAUCAUUUGGUGAUUGAAUAGUGCUACCAUUCCUUUGACUACAGGGAAUUUACUGGAGGUUGAUCUGCUCAAUAAAUAGGAAAAUGUGAAGCUCUCAAUAAAAAUUUCCUCAGAAUGAGGCCUUAUCAUGAAAA